AGACCAGGCCCACCAAAACGGGAAGAACUCCUCGACAAGAAAGGGGGUAAAAGAUGGAGGUGUCCGCCGACGCGGCGGCGGCGGCGGCGGCGCGGACGCUGCGGUGGGCCGGCCGUGCGGGGCACCUCGGCGGCGUCCCCCGCGCCGCAGUGAUCGGCGCCGUGGGCACCAUCGCCAAGGCGUACGUGUCGCUGCUCAACACCACCACCGUGCACAACGCCGACGCCCUCCACCGCCUCGUCUCCUCGCGGCCCCCCGGCACGCCGCUCCUCACCGUCAGCAACCAUAUGUCCACGAUAGAUGACCCGUUUAUGUGGGGAUUCAAGGGUUUCCCUAUAACAGAUUCAAAGCUUGCAAGAUGGGUGCUGACAGCAGAGGAUAUCUGUUUCAGGAAUGUAUUCAUGUCUUACAUGUUUCGACUUGGGAAAUGUGUGCCGAUCACUAGAGGGGCUGGAAUUUAUCAAGACCAUAUGAAUGAGGCCCUUGAAGUGCUUAGCACUGGAGGUUGGUUGCAUUCAUUCCCUGAAGGAAAAGUAGCCCAAGAUCACCAACCAAUCAGACGGUUGAAAUGGGGAACUGCCAGUCUUAUUGUCCGAGCACCUGUAACUCCAAUAGUAUUGCCUAUUGUUCACACUGGUUUUGAAAAGGUCAUGCCAGAGAAAUCAUUUUUUGGACGCCGUCCACCAUUACCUCUCUGCGGCAAGGAGAUAAAGAUCAUCGUGGGAGAACCAGUAGAUUUUGAUCUGCCAGGCUUAAAGCAGGUGGCAGCAAUGAUACCACAAGACACAUCCUUCGAAAGGAAGGGCUGGCCAACCAUCACGCCGGAGGGGCUAGACGAGGCAGCGCAGAGAUGGCUUUACCAGAAGAUGUCUGAUAAGAUCCAGUCCGCGAUGGAGAGCUUGAGGAAGACGCUUCUGAACUUGAAGCAGCAUUGACAUUGAUUCUUUUUGUUCGUUCUUCGACCAUGGGGCAAGGAUGCGCCGCCUUUUUUCUCCGAUACCUUGUUGAAUUGGUUAGGGCAUGGUAGCUUUGUUAGCUAGUUUCAGAUGAUGGGAUCUUGAUACAGCGAUUGGGAGGAUACGGGAAUCGAGAGGGAUGGAGUAGUUCUCCAGUGGACAUUACACCUGCCAUAGAAGCGGGGGGUGAGAAUUAGAGUUCAGAGUGUCAGAUUUGGUGUUUUUCUUUUUUGCAAUAACAAGAGUAUUCAGGCUGUUGCCUAAUUUCAUGGCUCUUUGGACCGUA